AGUUGUCAGAGAACUGCGACUUGCAUUUUCACUGCGCCGGCAAACUAAAAAGGUUUUGUGUUCUCCUCCGCCAUCGCAAAGUUAGGAACUCCAGCAAGAUGUUGACCUCUGUGUUUUGUAUGCGGCUGAACACCUACGGUGUUGUCAUUGGGUGGCUGGGCGUCAUUUUCUCCUUCUUGGCCACGAUCCUUCUGUCCGUGGGCCUGGGAUUCGUCGAUCAAAUUGCGCAGCAGAUCGUCGACACCCAGAAAAACACGGAGAUGACCGUCAGCGAGGUGCGCACGGUGCUCGUCAUUCUUUUCAGUGUCUACCUGGCCCUGAAGGUCAUCAAUCUUCUCGCCUCGGCCAUGUUGGUCGUGGGCACCGUUAAGGAACGCCAUCUGCUCCUGCUCCCCUGGCUGAUCAACAACGGAGUGAUCCUGGCCAUUGCGGUUAUCACCCAUAUUGGCCUGUGGGCCGAGAUCAUCGGAUCCUCGGUGCCCUUCCUGAACGCCCUGCCAGUUAUUUUGCUCUCUGUGCUGGUUCUUGUGCUCGGAUGGUAUCUCUACUAUGGCAUCUACUCGCUCUUCAAGCAGAUCCAGGCCUCCAGUGAGAUGCAGCGCCCGCUGAUCCCGUCGGCCACCCAGCAGACCAAUUCCUAUCCCAGCUACACCAAGAUAUAAGCUCUCACAUGCAUAAGCCUUUGACUGCAUCGCGUAAUUUUCGAAUGAUUUCAGCGCAUCUUCCUUAGCCCCAGUAUUCAUUGUUAGUAACACCAAAAUUGGCAACCAAGUUGUAAUUUCGAUGCAGCCAAGGAGGAAUUUCUUAUAUAUCCACAUACACGUGUCUCUAUUUUUAUCUACUCGAACGAAAUGGCCAAAAUUCGAUUUUUCGAUUGGCUCUGAAAAUAUAUUUUGCAUACACUCA